UACGCAUUUGUUUUCUUUGAAAGGCAGCAACAUUUCAGUCAGAAUGAACCUCAAACCUGGAUUGACCGACUGCAAUAACAAUAAGAGCAACUGGAGAGACAGAAACAAAAAGAGCAACAACAACGACAGCAGCGAGGGCAAGGCCAAGGGUACUGGAAGCAAACUGAAAUACGAUCUGCCAGAAGAUUACAAGUAUGAGGUGCAUCCGUGCAUCUGCUAUCGGCCCCAACAGGCAUUCGAAUGCGGACGCUGUCAUCAUUACUUUCACGGACGCAUUAGCGAGCGUUGCAAGCAGCAUCCAAUGGAUUUCUUUCUGAUGGACUUUCGCCACUGCCCAUACUGCUUGGCACCCAUAACGGACAUCAAGGUAUCGACAUUGACAUGGGCGGAAAUACGCAAAAUCGAAGAUGCCAAUUUACCAAAUGACGGCGACGAUUUGUAGCUGGGUUUGAGACUCAACGCAAUUAAUUAGUAUUAAUAUAGACGUACAUUUAAUAUGUAUUCAUUCACAAGCAAUGCUUGGACCCGUUAUUACAAUUUCUGAGUAUAUUAUUAAAUAUAUAAUGUGUCUAGUGUACA